AUGACAUUUCAUGGCGCACAUGCAUCUAUUGGUGCAUAUAACUUACAACUUAAUGGAAAGCAGCGUAGUUUAUCUGGAAUUUGGGUUGAGAGUGGUCCACCAUCUAAUCUAAAUAGAAUAUUUUUAGGUGGUGGGGUUAUACCAUCUUUAUAUGGAGAUAGUCAACUUUACCUAACAGCACGGUGGACGGCAAAUGGAUCUGAAUGUUACGAUAUUCGUUGUCCUGGUUUCGUGCAAGUCUAUAGUGAUCCUUAUCUUGGAACGGUCAUAUCACCUGUUUCUAUCAUCGGAACAUUAAACAAACAGAUUCUUGUUAUCAAAAUCAAACAGGAUAAAUUAACGGGUAAUUGGUGGUUAUGUAUACGCCUUGUGGAUGAAUGUUUUGGAUAUUGGCCAAAAGAAUUAUUUCCUCACUUAAGUUCUGGAGCAUCUAUCAUUAGAUAUGGUGGUGAAACUUAUGCUCCAACUGGAAUGGUUAGUCCUCCAAUGGGUAGUGGAAGAUUACCACAAGAAAAAUUCAGAAACUCAAAUUUUGUGGAAAGGGUUAAAAUUAUUAAUUCAGAAUAUAAUGAAAUUGAUGUAAAUCCUAUAAAUAUGAAGAUAAACAAAAAUGCUAAUUUAAGUUGUUAUGACUUGUUAUAUCGUGGUUAUGAAGGAAGCCUUAGACAGCAAGCAUUUCUUUAUGGUGGGCCAGGUGGAAAGUCAUGUUAA